AUGACCGAAGUCAAGCAGUUCGUGGAAAGCAGCGACGUGGCCAAGACCACCGACCUCGUGCUGGUAUGUUGCCACGGCAUCUACAUGGGCGACGGCCGAAACACAGCGGAGGAUCAAUGGAUUCUGCAGCCCUUCUCUCGCUCUGACCCGCUCGCGAGAAAGCCGGGUGAACAUGAGACCUUUAUCGCCCAUAUCAUGACUGCGGCCCUGGCCGUGCAUGCCAACCCGGAGGCCCUCCUCGUCUUCUCCGGCGGCUUCACUACCAACGCUCCUCGCAGCGAAGCCGAAGGCUACGCCCGCGUCCUGAAGGCCAUCGUCAACCAUAACCCCGCCCUGUUUCCUGCCGGAGUCCGCUUCGCCCUGGAGACAUAUGCCACCGACUCCUACCAGAACCUCGUCUUCUCCAUCAUCCGCUUCAGACAACUGACCGGUGCCUACCCGAAGAACAUCACCGUCGUCACGCACGCCUUCAAAGAGCGCCGCUUUCUGGAGCUGCACGCUCCCGCAAUCAAGUGGCCACCUUACCGGAUACGCGUGCAAGGUCUCAACCCGCCCUUCACGCUCGACGAACUCAACUACACGCAGCUGGGCGAACGUGACCGGGCCUAUAAUGCCUUCGCGGGGGACCCGUAUGGUGUCCGCAUGCCACUGAGCCAGAAACGACUGGCACGCAAUUGGAAUGCCGAACGAGCACAUGUCUUCUUGGGCUUCCGCUUGGAGCCAGAAGUGAUGGGCCUGUUAAUCUGGCAAGGUGGUGUCUCAGGGUGGGAGAUCUAUCCGAAUCGCUUACCAUGGGAAGACGACAACAUGAAAUUGAUGUAUGGACAGCAGAGGACGUGA